GGCUCUAAAUACCAAAGAGAUUUCCGAUCAGAUUUGGAAACGGAGAAGAGAGAGAGAGAUGCAAUUCUUCGGCGGAACAGAGAUAAGCCCGUCGCUGCCGGCGGCGACGGCGUCGGGAAACAACGGGCACAUGAUGUACGUCUUCAACCGCAACGGCGUCUGCUUGCUCUACCGAGAAUGGAACCGCCCUCUCCACACCCUCAACGCUCAACAAGAUCACAAGCUCAUGUUCGGCCUCCUCUUCUCCCUCAAGUCCUUGACCGCUAAGAUGGACCCCACCGCCGUGGAGAAAGGGAACCUAGGAGUGCCUCAAUUGCCCGGUCAGGGCUGUUCGUUUCAUAGCUUUCGGACCAAUACCUACAAGCUUAGCUUCAUGGAGAGCCCUUCUGGUAUAAAGAUUAUAUUGAUUACGCAUCCUAGGACUGGGGAUUUGCGGGAGUCUUUGAAGUACAUUUACAACUUGUAUGUUGAGUAUGUUGUGAAGAACCCACUCUAUACUCCUGGAACUCCUAUUAGGUGUGAGCUAUUUAAUACAACUCUUGACCAAUAUGUAAGGAGCAUUUCUUAGAAGCUCAAGGUAACAUUUGAUCACCAGUGUUGCAGUAUCUAAUUGCUUGUACUUUUGUGAGAUUUUUUUUUGUGUCUCUAAGAGGAGGGGAAAGAGCAUGUCAAAGUAUAACCUGUAUGUAACUGCUUCAUUUUGGCAACAUCAGCCUUUUCCCAGCCUGAAGCAGAUGGACAUUUUGUUCUAGAUCCAGUUUAUGGAAAGUACCUAUGUAGUGGAGUUUGCUUGCAUUUAUUUUUCGAAUUUCACAAUGAUAAAUGCUCUAAACUUGUCGCCUUAGGUGUUCUAUGGCAUCAUGUAAUAUCAUAUUUGUUUAUGAUAAAUUUAUUUAUCUAGAGUGCAUUUUUGAAUUUCACAGGACUUACAAAUGAAUACUAAGGAUAAAUUCUUCUAGUUUCU